UUCCUUCCAAGCCUAAAACGUAGACUCCAGGAGCCACAUGGAACGCUUCUGUAAACCUAACUUCUUGCCUACUUCCCAUUCCGCCAAGUCUCGCUCUUUUCUCUCUCUUGUUUGGCCGUUGUACCUUUGGCCCUUGUAAUAAUUCUUGUUUCUUUCUUAUAAGAAAGAAGCAAAGCCAGCAAGAAGGAAAAGUGGCAGAGACUAGAGCGGGACACCAGCGGGACACCAGCAUCACCCACAUCACGCCCCCCGGGGCGGAGCCCCGGCUUCCGCUGCUUCUGCGGCGUCCUUCGCCACCGCCUCGUGCUCACACGGCUUCUCCUCCCUUUCCUCCCCUCUCCCAGCGGUUGCAGCUGGGAUUUAACGGCGGUUUCAGCUGGGAUUUAAUUCGAACAGAUCUAGGGCAGGGGGAUCUUAAUCUUUGGAUCGGCCGUUACGACUUUCUCGGUGCGCUGUCUUCGGUGGUGAAUUUUUUUGGGUGGAGACGUGGGGGUUGGAGAGAGAACGAUCGGGUCGAAGCAGGGAAGAGAUGGAGGAGAGCCGGGUGCUGAAUUGGGGGAUGUUCCGGGCGGUGCUGGCCAUCUUCCAGUGGUGGGGAUUCAACGUCGCCGUCAUCAUCAUGAACAAGUGGAUCUUCCAGAAACUGGAUUUCAAGUUUCCUCUGACAGUAUCAUGCGUCCACUUUAUAUGCUCUUCUGUUGGAGCAUAUAUUGCCAUCAAAUUGCUUAAAAUUAAACCACUGAUUGAGGUUGAUCCUGAAGACCGUUGGAGAAGGAUAUUUCCUAUGUCAUUUGUGUUUUGCAUCAACAUUGUGUUGGGGAAUGUGAGCUUGCGGUACAUUCCUGUUUCUUUCAUGCAGACAAUAAAAUCAUUUACUCCUGCGACAACAGUCUUCCUGCAGUGGUUAGUGUGGAGAAAAUAUUUUGAGUGGCGUAUUUGGGCUUCUCUGGUACCCAUUGUUGGGGGAAUUCUUUUGACCUCUGUAACAGAGCUUAGUUUCAAUAUAUUUGGAUUUUGUGCUGCCUUGUUUGGUUGUCUGGCUACAUCUACAAAGACUAUUCUAGCAGAGUCGCUACUUCAUGGAUAUAAAUUUGACAGCAUAAACACAGUAUAUUACAUGGCGCCCUUUGCAACCAUGAUACUGGCCCUUCCAGCAAUGUUACUCGAAGGAAGUGGAGUUAUGAACUGGUUUUACACUCACCAAUCAAUUUAUUCAUCAUUGAUCAUCAUUUUCUGCUCCGGAGUGCUGGCCUUUUGUCUCAACUUCUCUAUAUUUUAUGUCAUCCACUCAACAACUGCUGUCACUUUCAACGUCGCUGGCAAUCUCAAAGUUGCAGUUGCUGUUUUGGUCUCAUGGCUUAUCUUCCGGAACCCAAUUUCUGCAGUUAAUGCUGUUGGAUGUGCAAUUACACUAUCAGGCUGCACGUUCUAUGGGUAUGUUAGACACAAGCUUUCUCAGCAACCUGCUGUUCCUGGAACACCACGUACUCCACGUACUCCACGCACCCCCAGAAGUCGAAUGGAGAUGCUGCCUGUUGUAAACGAUAAACAAGAUGUUUAACAUCUACUGAUAUUUAUUCACCUCAUCUAACUGUUGAUCGGCAUUGAUGAUAGAUUUAGUGUGGAGAGCAAAGUACAAGCUGUGGUUACCUUUAUAUUUCCAUAUUUGCACGAACCCAACCCCAGUUUUUAGUCAGUUACAGGCACUACGUUGGAAGCAAAAAAUUUCAGCAGCUGUGAGGGUGGUUUGAUUUUUCAUUUGCUAUGUAAUCGUUAUGGUUGUUCAAAAUUAUAUUUAAGAAAGAAGCUUUUCUUAUUGUUAAGGAUAUGCUGUUAUCGGCUUUUACAUA